GGUCGCUUCCGAGAAGCGGGGACCUUCGACUUAUCUGGCUCGCAAUGAGGGAUCGAUAGGAGGCCGCAGGACGCGGACAGCGAAGGAGAAGCCGCGCGGCCAGGACUCGGCGGUGAUAUUUCCUGCGAACCAAGUGCCAAGGUGGUAACGCGGAACGAGAAAACGAGACGACGCGGGGAUGCCGCCGAAGGGAGGGGACAAGACGGCGCGGAAUCGAAGGGCGGCGCCUGUGAGGAGCAAGGUGUUUACCAUUCCGGCCAAAAAUAAAGUACAAAGGCCGAACUCCCUCUUGGCCCGGCAUAACUGGCAACAAAAACCAGAAUCACCGUCCGUGCAUUCCGCAUCCAGCAUUGGCGCGCUCCGACUCCGACAGGUUGCUGUACGUGAUUAUGCAUAUGACUUUUGCAACAUUAUUAUUGAAGGAGGCGAAAAAAAGUAUUAUGCAGCCUAUGCGAUACAUUCGAGAAUAUCAAUGAACCAAACCUCUACGAACAGUAUCUCUGAAAACAGUACUAUUGAAAAUACAGAAAAGAUUUUUGCCGAAGGAAACUUUUAAUCAGCAUCACCUAAACUACAAUAUUUUCAUAAUCUCAGCCAAUUUGACCGAAGCCACUUUUUUCCUAUAAAAUGUGCGGGGUCCUUUUAAUAAGGAAUUAUAUCACACCGGCUACAACAUCGAUGACGCUCCAUUUGUUUGGCUAUCUGGGUAGUUGAUUGGAGGCAAGAUUAUCGUACUACCUAAACGGCUAAUCUGAUCGAAUUCUAAGUGAGCUCAAUGGAUUCCUUGGGGUUGACUUACAUAACAAAACUGUCUUUACUUUUGUCCUACGUGCACUGUAAGUCGAAAUAUUUUAGUUCAAAGUACGAAAUCGUGAAAAACUAUCACGUCCGAAAUUCGUCGUCAAAAUGUCCAGUUCCAUCAGACCUGUAUAGGUGGCGACUGUGAACACGCUUGUCGCUCAGCUGAGCCCGCGAACAUGUCGAUUGAUGCUUAACCUAAUUUUUCUUGACAGUUGGAUGUCGCUUAUCUUAUGUGUAUUCUACAUGUAUUCAUACGUUAAUUGCAAAAAGUAUGAGUUAUAUUUAUUAUUAUUA